AUGUCGUUCGCGCGCCUCGUUCUGCCGGCGCUGGCCGUUGCCUUCGUCGCCUCGCUCGCCGCCGCCGACGAAUCGGAUGUCGUCACGCUCACCAGCAAGAACUUCGCCGAUGUCGUCGCCAAGGAGAAGCUCGUCUUCGUUAAGUUCUUCGCCCCCUGGUGCGGCCAUUGCCAAUCCAUGGCCGAGGACUUCAAGAAGACCGCCACCGAGCUCAAGGGCAAGGCCGUCCUCGCCGACGUCGACGCCACCACUGAGGAGGAGCUCGCCAAGAAGUACAACAUCGACGGCUUCCCGACCCUCAAGCUCUUCGCUGAUGGCGAGGAGGUCGUUGACUACAACGGCGGCCGCGAUAAGGAAUCCAUGAUCCAGUUCAUCGAGCGCGCUACCGUCCCCCCUUUCUCCGAGAUUGACUCUGCUGACGCGUACAAGAAGUUCAUUGCUGACAACAAAGAGAAGAACAUCCUCGUCGGAGCUGAACUUUCACCUGCCAACUUUAACAAGUUCCGCAAGGCCGCUUUCGGCCUUCGUGACGUCAUGCCGGAUUCCAUGGAGUUCAUUCGCCCCAAGUCCGCCAAGUAUGUCUCCAUUGACGCCUACAAGGCUGAUGAGCUCUAUUUGCUUCGUGUCGAGUCCGAUGGAACCCAUCGCCCCAUGAAGUACGACACCGACAGUGACGAGAGCCUUGAGAAGUUUGUCAAGGGAGCUGCCCUCCCGGCCUGGCAGGAGUUCACUCAGGAGAAUGCCGAGCUCUAUACGGAGCUUUCCACUCCUAUCAUCGUCGGUUUCUUCAAGGACUGUGAGGUUGCUGAAUGCAAGAUCAUGGAGAAGGUCGCCCAAAAGAAGGUUGACAAUGGCAAGGUUGUCUUCGCCUGGGUCAACGCCGUCACUCUUGCCAGCUUCCUCGACUACGUCGGUCUCAAGGACGCCAAGACCCCGGUCUGUGGUUACGCCUUCGAGAGCGAUGCUCGCUAUCUGCUCCCGGAAGGCAUGGAGUUCACCGAAAAGAACUUCGAGGCGUGGGUUGACGACAUGAUCGCCGGCAAGGUUGUCCCUGCCCGCAAGUCCGAGGCUAUCCCUGAUCCGUCCGAAAACACUGGCCCUGUCUACAACGUCGUCGGUGACUCCUGGUCUGAUGAGGUCGAAGAUUCCGAGAAGGAUGUCGUCAUUGCCCAGGUCGCUGAGUGGUGCGGACACUGCAACAAGCUCAAGCCUAUCUACAAGAAGGUUGCCGAGGAACUCAAGAAGGCUAGCGUCAACCACAUCAAGUUCGCCAUGAUGGACGCCACCGAGAACGACGCCCCCGAUGGAUACAAAGCCAAGGGCUUCCCUACCAUCCACUUCUUCCCAGCCGGCAAGGAGCAGAAGGGUAUUGACUUUGACGCCGAGAGAACUAGCAAGGGCAUCAUUGAAUGGCUCAUGGAGAAGACUAGCAAGAAGUUCGAAUUCGAUGUUUCUACACUCGGAGAGGAUCCCGUUCCUGAGGAGGACGAGGAAGGAGGUGAGGAAGAGGGCGAGGACGCCGACGCCGACGGUGCUCAGGAUGACGACGGCAUGGAUGAGUUGGAGGAGGAGUUGAAGGCCGUUGAGGGCGAGGAAGAGGAAGAGAAGGAAGAAUUGUAG